GUUGACUAUCGAAAGUCGGGUGAUUAUAACCUUGGUCUCGAGUCUGUGGAUUCUUGUUUAUUCUUGGUUGUCAUUCUUUUCUGAGUUUAUUUUCCUCGGGUGAGUUUUCUCUUUGUAGAGCAAUGGCACACUCGGAGGCGUUGAAGGUUUUUCUCACUUUAUUCUUGUACGUGUCCGUGUCGACGAGCGAGAGACAGGGUGUACACGAGAUGAUGUAUCAGACUUUGUCCGGCGCCGCUGGCUGUUUCAGGAGAAUGAACGGAACCCACCAAUUCGGCUGCUCUUCGCCGAGAAAGGGCAGUUUCGGCGUGGUCCAACUUGUGGAAACGGAUCGGGAAGUGGACUUCGUCCUCGAGUCGGCCGCGGCCGGUCCUUACAUGUUGGUCCUCAGCCCUAAGAUGAUCGGCCUCGAAGUUUUGAAGAAGCUCAAGUCCGUGCCCGAACGGGUUUCCGGCAUAGUGUUUACAGACAGGCAUAACGGUAAAAGGGAAUUCCCAUCGACCUACUCUCCUGAGGACACGUGUCCUAACUCUGCCGAAAGUUCCUGCAACAAGGAAAACCCUUGGAAUCCUUACGGGAACAGUUAUAUUUUCACUGAUUGGAACGUACCUUUCUUUUUGAUCACAGAGAAGUCCGACUACGAUACCAUUGUUGAUUGUUACAAAAGAUUCAAUUUGCCUCUCGACGACUCACAAUUGUCGAAACCGCUUUGCUCUUUGCAUAUGAAAUCACAUAUGUUCGCUGCUGUGAGCUCGGACGUGUGCAUGAGGCGUGUUAACAAUCACUUUGUGACUCCUGUCAAAUACUGUGAUCCAGUCGGAAGUGAAAAUGUCGCUCUUCCCAUAAAAGCCGACAUAGCCAAAAAUAACAAGACGAUAGUCAUUGCUUCUCGGAUCGAUUCAGCUUCUCUUUUUGAUGGAGUCGCACCUGGUGCGAUGUCUGCUGUCACCGGCCUCGUGACCACCCUUGCUACAGCGAGUGCCAUAUACAAUGCCGUGCAAAGCAAAAAAUUGUCAAAGAAUGUACUCUUUGUGAUGUUCAACGGAGAAACUUUUGAUUAUAUAGGUUCAUCCAGGGUUUUGUACGAUAUAGAAAACAAAGGUUUUUUAACUAACUCUUUCCGGUUGAACCUGGAGGAUAUUGAACUGUUUAUUGACAUAUCUCAAAUUGGCAGGCCGAAAAAUGAAACUGGCAAUGAAAUUUUCAUACAUGCCACAGGACCUGAAGCAAAACAUUUUUCAAAAGAACUGAUCGAUAAUGGUGUUUUGUUCAACGCUUCAUUUGUACCUUCAUCGAUUAAAGAAUUGCCACCUACAUCGUACACCACGUUCAACAAAGCCAACCCAAAAAUGAACGGUGUUGUCAUUACGAAUUAUGACAAAGCGUUUAAAACUAAAUUUUAUUCAGGUUACUACGAUACCUAUGAAACACUGGAUUACACUUUCAUGAAUGGUUCGGUUCCAGACGACAGCAGCAUACAGUACCAUAUUGCGAGUGUGGCGGCUAGUCUUGUCAAAACACUCCUCCCCAUCAUAACUGAUAACAACAUUCCAAAGAAUAUUUACGAUCUGGAAGAUUUGAUGAAGAGGAUCGACCAAGUGUUACUGUGUUAUCUUGUCACCCGGACGUGUCCACUGAUGGAAGCUGUUUACCCCGCCUUGGCCUCAGAUCCAAAACUCCCUCAAGUUUUACCACUUUAUGUUGGAGUACCUCAUGCGACAAACCACAUGACCAAAGCGACUGGACUGCUUCUGUCUUAUUUCACUUCACCCCAAGUAAAUCUUUCAAAAAGUGACUGUACAUCAUAUGACUCGAAUAAUCUUUAUACACUCCUUUGGUUGAGCGGAAAAAAUGGUGAUGGAGUUUGCUUAAAUACCACAUUAAAAUUCACCCCAGCGAUCAGCCCUGCUUUUCUGAUUAAUGAUUAUGAUUGGACAUCAGGGAGAUAUCCAACCUGGACGGAAUCUGUUUGGGAUGAAAACAGCCUGAGCAUGUUUAUGAAACCGUCCAGGAGAGAUGAGAUCAUAAUUUUUACAACAGGCGUGUUUACUUUUUUAACAACUUAUGUCGCAGUGUUUUUUGUUAAACAAAAAGCUGAUAAUCUUUUUUUUCCAAGGUACCCGACAAAUUGUUAAUGUCUGUUUUUAAACUCGUGUACCACAUCAUUUCUUAAUAUAUCAGUAAUAAUAUUAACUUUAUGUAAGGUAUUAACAUUUAUUUGGCACUACAUUUUUUAAAGACUGAUUUUAUUUCCAGUUAUAUUUGAAUAAUCAAUUAUUAAUGUUUAUAUGCUUUUGUAAAUAUAUGACAAUUAAAAUAUUCCAAA